CGUACAAAGAUGGCGGCGGUUUUGACGUCUUUUUCGGACCCGAAGGCGACAUCUAGUGUACUGUAUGGCACUAUGGCACUAACAUAUACCAUGGAACUGUUAAACACAACCCGUUGCUCUGUAGGGACAUAAUUUGUCGACGAACCACCCGACAUUAUUGUUUACAUUUAUUAAUUAAUCGGUUAUGCUUUUAUACCUCCCGAAAAAGACUGCAGAAUAUUUUUAAUUUGUUGUUUUCAUGGAGAGGAAUCAGGAAGAAGAUAUAGACUGGGGAGAGCGAUACAGACAGGAUCCGCUUAAUGUAAACAAAUGUGUUAAAGACUUUCUAGUGAAGAAUGCACAUGAAGGACUGGCUUUACCAUUGGCAGUGUAUGAGAGAUGUUCAGUUACAUCAGGACAGUGUGUGUAUUAUCAUUACUGCUGUGAUGGACAGGACGACAGAGGCUGGGGUUGUGGAUACAGGACUGUUCAGACCAUGUGCUCUUGGAUCAAUAAUGUAUCUCACUGUGAGAAAUCCAGACCACCACAGAGUCUCCAUGGAAUCCAGCAAGCACUAAUUACAGUAGGAGACAAACCAGCCUUGUUUCUGGGCUCUAAAGAGUGGAUAGGGACUUGUGAGGCUGCUCUUGUUCUGGACCAGAUAAAUGAUGUCCCCUGCAAACUAGUGCACGUGCGCAGUGGGGCAACAGAGCACGAGCAAGCGGCUCAGGACCUGCACCUUUAUUUCCUCACCCAUAGAUCACCAGUCUUGAUGGGUGGAGACAGGGACAACUCAUCCAAAUGCAUUCUGGAGGCACGUACCGGAAAAGAAGGCAGCUACCUGCUUAUAAUGGAUACGCACUAUUACGGCUCUGUCGUGGACAAGGAGUUUCUGCAAAAGAAUGGCUGGGUGGCGUGGAGGAGAGUUCAAUCUCUCGAUCUGAGCUCCUUCUACUGUAUAAUCUCAGAAAAAUCUCAGAACUCUGUAUUGAAAGCUUAAUAAUGAAAAAAAUAA